AUGGCGGGAAGGAAUGAUGCUGCAAUUGCUGCUGCUUUGGAGGCGAUGGCCCAAGCCUUGGAACAUCAGCCAAACGUUGGCGAGAAUGCCGCUUCUCGCAAUUUGGCUACUUUCCAAAGAGAGAACCCUCCUGUGUUUAAGGGAACUUAUGAUCCUGAUGGCGCAUUGACAUGGCUAAAGGAGAUUGAGAGAAUCUUUCGUGUGAUGGAUUGCACUCCUGAUCAGAAGGUUCAGUUUGGAACUCAUAUGCUAGCUGUCGAGGCGGAUGAUUGGUGGCUAGAGACCCGUAGGAGGUUGGAGGCCAAUGGUGAGGAGAUCUCUUGGAUUGGAUUCCGCAUGGAGUUUUUAAGGAAGUACUUUCCCGAGGAUGUCCGUGGCAAGAAGGAGAUUGAAUUCCUUGAGCUGAAACAAGGGAACAAGUCUGUUGUGGAGUAUGCUGCUAAGUUUGGUGAAUUGGCUAAGUUUUACCAAUACUAUGAUAGACCGAAUGGUGAGUUUUCCAAGUGCAUUAAGUUUGAGAACGGUUUGCGCCCGGAAAUCAAGAAGGCGGUUAGUUAUCAGAAGAUUCGUAUCUUUCCUGAUUUGGUGGAUAGUUGUCGGAUUUAUGAGGAAGACAACAAUGCUCAUUAUCGUGUGAUUAAUGAGAAGAGGGGAAAGAGUCAACAAGGUCGUGGUAAGCCUUACGACGCUCCGAGUGGAAAGGGUAAGGAGAAAGUUACUGAUGGCAAGAGAACUAGUGGGGGAGAUGCACCUGCUGGUGUUACGUGCUUCAAGUGUGGCAAGGUUGGCCAUAAGAGCACUGUGUGUACUGCUGAUGCCAUGAGUUGCGAGGUUGGCGGAGAUUUAUGUCCGCGUGAUUGUGAAGCUGCAUGGCGUUCCUUUGUGUAUUGUUUCGGAUAG